UUCUCCAUUCCCGUUCACACCUCCUCCUUUCCUCACUGUGUUCCACAUCCCCAUGCCUUACCUUGCUUACCUUACCUUACCUUACCUUCUCCUACGCUUAUCAGCAUGCAUGUACGUACAUACUUAGGCCAAACCGGCACCCAGACGACACCUAGGUACACGGCACCCCACCCCGUCCGUCCGUCUGUAGAUACGUACACACGCCCACGGCGCGCUCGAAGCCGUGUCCUCAACCCUCACCUGGGUAUCCACUACUACUACUUUGUAGCAGCGGCGUUCUUCAUCUUCGUUGAUCGCUCGUGGCCAGAUGCGCUGCGCUGCGCAUCACUCGGCCCAGCGUGCGGGGGUAGGUGCGUCGAUGGAGCUGGCCGAGCUGGCCGAGGGAGGGGUUUGUGCGCGCGCGCGCGCGUGCGUGCGCUGACGAGCGUGGGUUUUAGCGGGUUGGGUUGGAGUUUCGAACAGAUGCGACACGAUGCGAUGCGCUGCGGUUUGAAAACGCAGACGAGUUUGAAGCUGCUAGCUUGCUUGCUAGCGGCGGGGAUGGUGCGCGGGGCGAUCUGAUCUGUGGGGGAGGCAAGUCGAUAGCGGGGCGGCUGACUCAGCUAUCAGCUAUCCGAUCCCUCUGUGCUACAAGUGCAAUGUGGGAAUGGUGGUGAUGUGAUGCGGGGGACCGACCGACCUCUCUCCCCGGGCUCCUCUCGUCUUCGCACCACCCAUCCCCUCGCUCGCUUCUAGCCCGCGUCCGCGAACACACUCACUCAACCACACACCCCGUCGAAGCCAGUGCUAACUCCACGCGGAACCAAG